AAUAAAGUACUCUAACAUACAAUUUCUCUUUCUUCCCCAAAAUACAAAACCCUAAAAAUACCGAAACCCCACAAUCUUGUGAUCUGUUUAUAAUUUUGCAGGAUUCUUCUCAUCAUAUUUUUCUUUUUAUAUUUUCUGGUUUAGGUUAACCAGGGGCAAUCAGCGAGAAUUUGGGUAUCUUUGGAUGUAGUAGAGCAAAUGUGAACCUAUAUUGUGGUUAAUAUCAACAAUAGCUGAAAUAUGGAUGCCAUAGCUGUUUCUGGAAAUUCUAAUUCAGAACUUCAAGUUCCAACAGAAUUUGAUUCCAAUGAUGCAGCAUAUGAGUAUUAUAAAGAAUAUGCAAAAUCCGUGGGAUUUGGAACUGCCAAACUAAGCAGUCGUCGUUCCAGGGCAUCAAAGGAGUUCAUUGAUGCAAAAUUUUCGUGUAUAAGAUAUGGGAACAAACAACAAUCUGAUGAUGCAAUUAAUCCACGACCGUCUCCUAAGAUAGGUUGUAAAGCAAGUAUGCAUGUCAAGAGAGGUCCAAAUGGGAAAUGGAACAUUCAUAGUUUUGUAAAGGAGCAUAACCAUGAACUUUUGCCAUCUCAGUCACAUUUUUUCCGUAGUCAUAGGAGUUCUGAUCUGCUUAAGAAUGAUACUAAGGUACGUAGAAAAAGUAUAUUAGCUGCCAUGUCCAAAAAGGAUGGCGCUUAUCAAUCUAGUGGUUUGGAGAGUUAUAUUCGAGAUCAAAAUGAUAGGGGACGGAGUCUAACUUUGGAGGAAGGAGAUGCUCAAAUCCUUCUUGAGCUCUUGGUAACGAUGCAGGAAGAGAAUCCAAAUUUUUUUUAUGCUGUGGAUUUAAAUGAAGAGCAUCAACUUAGAAAUGUUUUCUGGGUCGAUGCUAAGGGCAUGGAUGAUUACAAAAAAUUUGGUGAUGUGGUUUCUUUUGACACUACGUAUUUCAUGAACAAGUACAAAAUACCAUUGGUUGUUUUUGUUGGAGUCAACCAACAUUGUCAGCCUACAUUGUUUGGAUGUGCGUUGAUUGCAGAUGACACUUCACUCACUUUUCUUUGGUUAUUUAGCACGUGGUAUCUGGCAAUGGGAAAUCAGGCCCCAAAUGUAAUACUCAGUGACCAGAUUAAUUCUAUAGAAUCAGCUAUUGCAGUAGUCUUUCCGGGAACCCGUCACUGUUAUGGUCUAUGGCAUGUGCUGGAAAAGGUUUGUAGGAAACUUGAUUAUUUGAACCCAUGGCAUGAUACCUUCAUGGCGAAGUUCAAUAAAUGUAUACACAAGUCAUGGACUGAAGAAGAAUUUGAAAGGAGGUGGGAAAAAAUGGUUAACAAGUUUAGUCUUAACGAGGAUGUGUGGUUUCUAUCAUUGUACCAAGAUCGCAAACUAUGGGCUCCUACAUUUUUGAAAAAUGUAUCUCUUGCUGGGUUGUAUACACUCUCUAGAUCCGAGAGUCCAAACUCAUUCUUUGAUAAAUACGUUCAUGCAGAAACAUCUUUGAGGGACUUCGUAGCACAGUUCAAAGUUAUCAUGGAAGAUAGGUAUGAAGAACAAGCCAAAGCAGAUUUUGAUGCGUGGCAUGACACACCUGAGCUGAAAUCUCCUUCACCAUUCGAAAAGCAGUUGUCCUUUGUAUAUACUCAUGAGAUCUUUAAGAAGUUUCAAGUUGAGGUUUUGGGAGCAGCUGCAUGCCAUCUUAAGAUAGAAAAAGAAGAUGGGAUAUCGAUAACGUAUGUCAUAAAAGACUUUGAAAGCAGUCAAGAUUACAUGGUGGAAUGGAAUGGAACAAAAUUGGAUAUUUGUUGUUCUUGUCGUUUAUUUGAACUUAAGGGUUAUCUGUGCCGGCAUGCUAUUGUAGUUCUUCAAAUGUCUGGUGUUUUCACUAUCCCAAUUAAAUAUAUACUGAAAAGAUGGACAAAUGCGGCUACAAGUAGGUGCCCUAUCAGUGAGAAUUUGGAAAAUGUACACAAAAAGACCCGCCGUGUAAAUGAUUUGUGUCGCAGGGCUAUUAUAUUGGGUGAGGAAGGAUCAAUUUCACAAGAGAGUUACAAGAUUGCAUUAGGUGCAAUAAAAGAUGCUUUGUUGCGGUGCUCGAAAGUAAAUAACUCUGCCGAGGAAGAAUCCCAAGGUGUGGCUACUUCCAAAGAGUUAAAGUCGUCUAACUUAAAUGUGAACAAAGCUGUUAUGAGAGCGGAUUCUGGGAAAGAAAAGUCGAGAAAAACUGGUACUCCAGUUGUAAAUGAGAAGGAACCUGCACAGCCACAAGUUGUCAAUAUCGGGAUUGAUGCUAGUUUUCACCAAAUGGAAUUUUCUAACACAAGACUGUUACAGUUGCACAAUAUAAUGCCACCACAAUUGCAAGGAAAGACCUUCGAUGAUAUUGGAUUGGAAUAUGGGAACAUACAGUGCAAGUAUGCAGAUUACCGCUGUAUGGUAAGAGUUAUAUUUUCUGACAACUAAACAUUAUGUACUUUUUCAUUGCUGAAAUUUUCAUGAAUGUUUUCUUAAAUUCUUAAAUGGUUAGACGUGGUACCAUAUAUAUGCUAAAUACCCGCUCUUACUUGUAGUAGCUAUGUUGUGAAAUGC